AUCUUCUGCUCCCAGAGGGUUAAGUUCUGGUUUGGUGGCAUUCUGUAACUUGGUGAGGGCAUCAGGAUGACAUCACUGUCCGUGUUUUUGUUUGAAUGAUCCCAGGGUGAAUCAUGAUCAACUGUGACACAGUCUCAGGCUGAGGCAGCACAGGGAACAGAAACAGCAUCUAACUGAGCUAACUGAAUACUCAGAGCUUUGCAAGAGACAGCAGUGUUGUGCAGAGAGGCACAGCUGAGGUGAAAAGGACUGAUGGAAUUGAACUGAUAAACAACUGCAGCAUUACUCAAAAUCUGAAAGAAAAAGAACACAAAUACCACUCUGCAACUGUAACCAUGGAGACAAGCCAGCUAUCAGAAAUGGCAACUGAAAGUGACUGUAAAAUGGAUUCUGUAGAAACAGAAAAGCUUGAAAAUAAAGACAUGUUUAGAGAAAGUGAAGAUGUUAGUUUCCACACAGAAAUAAAGAAAACCAUCCAAGAAACAGAAGUUGAAACCGUAAUAGGAGAACAGGAAAGCAGGAAAUUAACAGAAAUUACCUUUCAAGAGGAGGCUGUGCAUGCAGACAUGGAUUUAGAGGAGCUUCAUCAAACAGAGUCUGUCGCUUCCUCAGCGUCUGACACCACUUCCAGUGCUGGCAGCGUUUGUGAAACUGAAAUCAGACACAUAGAAAAAGAACCAGGUCAUCAAGGCCAGUUAGAUAAUGACACUAUGACAGUAUCUUCAGAUUGUCAUGUUAAGGAAGUAAAGGAAUCUGUGGAGCACAGCACCAUCCUAGAAAAUGAUUUGCAUGAAGAAAUGGAGGAUUCAGCUUUAGAGCACUGUAUAAAAGAGGAAGCGCUUUCUGAUGUGUCUACUGAAGAAGUUGAAGCCUCUGAACUAAUUGCCAGUUUACAGGAAGAAAUAGCUGCUGUGUCUUCAGACAAUGAGAUUGAUGACAAAUGGAGGAGCAUUUUCACUUCUACUGUUAAUAAAGAAAAUGAGGAUUUGUUCUUAGGCACAAAUAUCCAGGUGAAAACUACAGAACAAUCUGUUGAGGAGACAGAGAGCAAUGGACCAAGCCCACAGGAAAUAAAACAAGAGACUCAGAGGGAAGCCCCAACCACUGAGAAAAACAAUGCAGAUGUUGACAAUGAGUUUGAAGGCAAACGUGAACAUGUUUUUCAAAAAGAGGAAGAUUCAAACAAUUCUUCUUCACCAUUAGACAUUCACCAGGAUGAGCUAUCUGAGGAUAACAAUAAAAAAGUCAAAGAAGACCCAAGUCAAACCUUUAAGCAAAAUCCACACCCAUCACACACCAGUUCACAUGAUCCUACCAAGAAGAUUCCCAAAGACUAUUGCGUAGUUGAAGAGUCACAAAAUGAAAAUGUAGACAUGGAACAUGUUGAUUUUGUAGUUGCACGAAAACAGUGGUUGAAGAUGGAGGAGUUGACAAAAUGCCAGAGCUGCAAUUCUCCAGUCAAGCAAAGUAAGUGCCAGGGAGGUCAUAGCUUUUUGCACACUCCUGUUAGAAACAUUGAAAAACCUGUGACAAGUAAAGAGAACAGAGAGGCACACAAACGACAAGUAAAAGAUGUGGGGGUAGGAAGUUUUGAUAUAAUGAUGGGUGAGAAUUUAGGAAAAAAUGACUACCAGCAAAUUCUCUUCAGUCCUUCCUCAGAAGAUUCUGGUUUGGAUGAUUCCAGUUCCAGAUCCACCUAUGAUGAUACAAGUUUAACAGCCACUGACACACUGGUGUCUCCAAUAUCAAAUCAAGAAACUCCAAUUGAAAAGGAGAUCCGGCAGGCUUUAGAGAGAGAAGUGAAUUUAAGGCGUGAAAGGGGGAUUUCACAGCCAGUUGUCUCAAAUGAAUAUAUGGAGAUUAAAACCAAACCCUCUCUUCUCCACCAAGGAUCUGAUCAUCCUAAAGGAACAACCAAGCAAUUUGCUGAGCUGCAGAUGCAGAGAGAUAUUUUACUGGAGUGCAAUAGAGAACAUGACCUUGUUCAGCAAGGAAAGGUCAGAGGCAAGUAUGACAGAGGACUGUCCCAGGAAAUAGAGGAGAAAAGAAAGAUACAUCAAACACAAGGUCAGUGUAAAAUGCAGAGGUCACUGUCACAUGGGCCUCUAUAUCAUGAGUUGUCUGCAGAAAACGUUAUUAUACUGGAACAUGAUUCCUUUCUCUCCCCUGCAAGACAAUGUAGGAAAGAUCGUCCCGUUUCUCCUGUACGCAAGAAACAAAACGAGUGGCCCCAAGAGACAGCAAAUGUGAUCAUACUAGAAACAUCAAACCUGAUCAUACGCAGUGCAUCCGAGUUUUGUCUAUCUGCUGCACAAGACAGCCAAGAAAAUACUAUUCACAGCAACCCUUUCUUCAAGCUACGUUCUAGGAGUUCUCUGUCUCUAGUCGACCAAGAGAUUAAAAUAGCGACACAGAGAGAAGAAGAAUUACAAAGACAAAGGGCCAGUCUUUAUUCAGAUGAGAAGACCGGAUACAGCACUGUACUGGCAUCUCCAAACUUACUGGACCCCUUCUCGUUUGAUAAAGCAGAAAUGCCUUUGAGAUGUAGAUCCUCCCCUUCAUCACCUAUGAAAUCUGCAUUUAAAAACAUGGACCAAUCACCUCUGAGGUGUGAUAAUAAGCAGUUUCUGGAAGCUGCAGCAGGGCCCCGUCGCAAGAGUGAAAUGGCACUUCGCUGGGAGGCUGGGAUAUUUACCAACAAUGAGUAAGAAGAAAAUGUGCAGGAAAAACAACCCUUGUUAAGUUUUAAGGAUAUCUCAUUUAAACUGUUUUCUCAAGAAAAAAAAAACCCAGUAAAAGUUGCUUUUGUAGUUUUAUGAUAUGCAUGUUAUUAAGAGCUUAGCUAAAACAGUAUUUGAGUGCAGUAGUUGUUUUGUAAAUCGUACAUGUGCCAAUAAGCUUGUGUGUCAUUGAUAUUUGAUAUAUACAGUAGUUUCAAAAAAUUAUUUACGCAUUUUCUUCAGUUACAGCAUAUAGUGUUAUAGCUGUGUUAAAAUAGCUUUAUCUCCAAAUGGUACUUUUGUGAGAUUUGUGAGUUUAUUUAGGCAUCGUUUAAAGAGCUUGUUACCCCAAAACUACAAGAAAGUAUUUGGGGCAUUCUACAUUGUAGUGUAUAAAUAUGCUCAAUGUACAGUAAGUAGUCAACAACACUUCAAUGUGGUAUAAUCCAGUUCAAUGUGGAUAGCAUGUUGUCAAGCCUUUUUUUUUUUUUUUUUUUUUUUUUACUCUUGUUUAAAUUAACUUUGCAUCUUAAAAGUCUGAAUUGUUUCCUGGACCUUCAUUUAAACUAAAAUCUUUACAUCCACAGGUACGAUCCAUAAAAAAACAUUAAACAUUUAAAAGGAAAAGGGUUUUCAAGAUGCACAUUUUGCCGGUCAAAAAUGUCAUAUUUUAAAGUGUUUCACUUUACCAUGGUAUAUUUUACCAGGGUAUAUUAACAGACAUGAACUUAACUAUCACCACAUUUUCCAUGUGUGUCGUAGCUAACGUGGGCUCACUUGUGCAUUUUUCUUACACUGCAUCUAUUUUUUAAUGUAAGCACUACCAUUAAACAAUCUUAGCAUUCAGUGUGUGGUUUAGCAUUGUGGCAUUUGAUAUUGUUUAAAGAUGCGAACCCGGUAUGGACCUUAUCCUUUUAAUAUUUUGUUUUCUCUUGUGGUGGAGCGUUCAUGCAAAAUAAAAAAAAAACUCUUGAACUUCAUUGCUUUGGUCUUUAAUUACACGGCAAGUUGCAAGCUUUAGCUCACUCAGUACAUGUAAUCAAAUUGGAAGUGAAUCUGGAGACAGAAGUUUGGUUGGAUCUGCAUUUGUGAAUUAUAUAAAGGUAGACACCGUUCAGGGGAUCAAGCAAAUCUUUACAAUAGGCACUGAUGUGAUUUUAAGGAAAUGUGAAGGCAGUUGUGUUCAACACCACAAGACAAACUCCAUUAUCUUUCUAGAGAUCAACGUUACUGUCACAUUUACAGAUUAGGCAAAAAGGAAAGUAUAAUUAUGAAUAUUAAACUUUCCUUGGUAGCUGAGGUAUAUUGAGUGGAAACUAAAAACACAAAGUUUGAAAUUAAUCUUCCACAAUGUAAAAUACAUCGUUUUAUGCUUUGAUACUAAUUAAAUAACAAAUGUACUUAAUUGUAAAGAUUGAGAGAGAAGUACAACAUUUUGUGUAAGCCUACUUGAAUUGUUUUUGCACUUUCAUAAAACAAAAUAUAAUACUAAAAGGUGCAAAAGACAAAAAAAAAAAAAAAAAAAACCCACUGGCGCUAGAUUCUCUACUUUUUACUCCAAAUUAGCUAGAUUAUUAUUAUUUUUAUUUUUUUUUAUUUUAUUUUAUUUUAUUUUUUUUUUUUUAAGUUUCAGGGGGAAAAAUAGUACUGCUUAUAAUAGCUUUGGAGAAUUUUGCAAUGGUCCUUCAAAUGGAUUAAAAACACAUCAGAAAAUGUUUUUCAGACAAACAUAAGUUUUCAAAGUGACUUGCGUUGCUCUGGAUUGAUCAGCAUAUUUGUCCAGCCACAGAUGAUGUGAUUCUGAUCAAAAACCAGAGGCAACUCAUAAAACAGCAACACAUGUUAUCUUUGAGAUGAAAGUAAUUUACAAAAUAUGGUUUUGUUUAGUUGAUUUGCCCC